UUUACUUUUAUAAUAAUUUAGGUCAAAUUUUCAUAAUUUUGAAAAUCAAUUUAUCACAGACAUUUAUUUUCUUAUUUUAUGGGUUAACCAUAUUCAGCUCUGAGAAUUCCAGCGGAGAAAAAUGGCAAAAAUCUUUUCUUUUCUUCCUUAUUCUGCUCCAACUCCAUUUUCGAACAAGACCCAUCAUAGAUUGUCGGUCUCAUCAAAGAUUAAUGCUUCAAACAGCAACAAUUACCCUCUUGCAAGCAAAAUUAUUGUCAAAAUUAUAUUGUUGAACAAGAGCUCAAGCUCGUUUAGAGCUCGGCUAGAUAAAGGCCCGAGAGAGCUCGAGUAUGUGAAGCUUCCUGACAUGUCAUUUGGAAUGUGCUGCUCAGAAAGAUUUAGUAAAUUAGAUAUUAUUCUUUUUGCACAUCACUAUUUUUAUGCACUCCUUAACCCCCAUCGAAUCAUACUAUUUUACCUGAUCACAGACUUAUCUUUUUCGACAAGUCAGAGUCAUCUAGUGAGUGAGUUCUCAAAGUAUGGGCAGAUAGCUGAAGUAAGACUUGUCGAGGAUAAAGCUACGAAAAAGCCAAAAGGAUACGCAUUCAUACAAUACACUUCACAAGAGGAAGCAAUGCUUGCUUUAGAAAGCAUGGACGAUCAGUUUUUUGAUGGCAGGACACUGUUUGUUGACAUUGCGAAGCCCAUGAAGUCCGAUUUUGGUGAUUAUCCGAAAGCCUCUGGCCCUCCUCAAGAACGUCUGGUGACAGAAGGUGCGAAUGAUGACUAACAGAGAUUAUUUUUCGAAGUAAAUUAAUUAAGUUCAAGUGAUGAAUCACCACGAGAUACAAAGACGGGUGUAGUGUUUUUUAUUGAUUGUGAAGUUUUACAUUUUGGUCCUUAUAAAUUGUCAAUGUGCUCCUGAAAUUUAAUUGUCAGCAUUAUGUUUUAGAUUGAGGUCACCAGAGGGCAACCGUGUCUAUCUAACUCUUGGUCGACACUUCCAAAAGAAUAAGUUUCACUUUUUUGUAUGAUCAUUUUUCAUUUUCGCGCGCAACAUUUGAUUUACUAAUUAUUUGAGCAGACGAUAUGGAAUCACCAGGGAUCAUAUGGCCAGUUAAAAUAUAAUUGUGGACUUGUGUCUGUAAUUUUUGUUCUGGGAAGGGUUUUUCGUUCGACUUGUUCACAAUAUUCACUUGAUCGACAAAGAAUAGAUCAAAUCCAUUUCCAUUAUCGCAA